AUGGCCGGUAAGCAGACAUCAUCUACGCGCCUCGACUUCAUGACGCCGCCGAGUCGCGCCCCUCACAGCACCUGCACCACCACGCGCAAGCCCACCCCCAAACCUCACGCUGAUGCUGACAUUGCCGUUACAGACGAGAUUCGGCGCUCUGGCCGCGCCAACAAAGGCCACCACACCAAGAACCAAGAUGCGCUCGACGAGCCCUCCCCCGCUCCCAAGGCCAAGGCAGUAGUACCGCCAGCCUCAGAGAAGAAAGGAACAGCGCAACCCAAGAAGGGGCAGACAAAGGGACAAUCACAGCGUGCGCAAUCAUCCCAGUCCGCUGAAAAUGACGAAGAGGAGGAGGACGCCAUCAUCCGCUGCGUCUGUGGCGACCAGCGCGACAUUCGUGGCCGCCAGAUGAUCUGCUGCGACAGCUGCGAAGCCUGGCAACACAACAAAUGCUUGGGCUUACCCGAGGGCGAUUUCUGGGAGGGCAAGAACUACUACUGCGAGCAAUGCAAGCCCGAAGACCAUGUCGAGCUACUCGCUGCCAUGGCGCGUGGAGAGAGACCAUGGGCGCGCAAGAAGGGCUCCAAGCCCAAGCCCCGCCCCAGCGACGUCAAGCAAGAAACCGUCUCAGAGAAGGCGAACACACCUCAACCGUCGGCCACCCCUUCACAAACUGCACCAGCUCCGGUUGAGGCUCCAACGCCUACGCCUGCUCCUGCUCCUGCUCCCAUCAGUGUACCCACACCAGAAGCUUCCAACGGACAUGCAGAAUCCAAGGAAAACAAGAGUCUGCCACAAUCGCCUGUUGGUGAGAAGCGUCGCCAUGAGCCUGCUACUGAAAAGGCCAACGCAAGCAAGAAGCGCAGAAAGUCCAGUCAUCACGAGAGCAAGCCUACUUCUCAAUCAGCCCCAGUCGGCGACAUCGAUGCGCUGCCGCAAAACCAGAGGGCUGUUGCAGAGAAACUUCGGGAUACCCUGGUGCCGUUGAUCAGCACUGCAUCCGACUCUAGGGGAUACCGCAUACCAGAUGGCCAGACUGCCAAGUCUCUUGCCGCCAAGCUCACUCUACAGAUGUGCCAUGCUGCUUUCGAUCUCUAUGGUGAACCUACAGGAUCAUCUUCGCCGUACUUUAUCAAAAUGCGCACCAUCAUGUUCAAUGUCAAGAAGAACACGGUCCUUGUAGAUCGCCUCCUGUCUGGAAGUCUGAAAGCCGACGACCUAGUGAGCAUGGAGGCUGAAGAGAUGGCGAGCGAAGACAAGCAACGCGAAUACGCCGCCAUGCGCGAAGCGGCCGAGAAACAGAUGAUCCUAACCGAGGAGACUGGACCACGACUACGCAAGACACACAAGGGCGAGGAGAUUGUUGGCGAAGACACCUUCGAAAAUGAUCAUGACGAUUUCAAGCAACCCAGUCUUCGCGAGCGCGAGAGCAUCACCGAAGACACAGCAAUGCAUUCACCUAUCGGCACACGGCCUCCAGAGAGUCCUGCAGGCGCAAAUCGAGGACCUGCAGACAUUGACACAUCGCAGGCCGAACACGCACGACGGGCAUCGGCCAACUUUGACAUCAACUCCGUCUUUAACAAAGUCCGAUCGCCUCAGCAUGACCAGCAAACCUUCCUUCAGCGUCGUCAAAGCUCGAUGCACAUGCAAGACAAGCCUCAAGCUGCGGUUGAUGAUGCAGACGUUGACCGCUUACUAAAGGACGAGGACAACGACGUAGAGAUGUCAGGUUACUCUUCGGACCCGACUGUGUGCUGGCAAGGAUCUAUCAACAUGCAAUCAAUGGAGCCUUUCGAUGCGGUCGCUAGAUUCGUCGCUGGUGGAGACUUUGGCCAAAUCGUACCAUGGGAGAAGCUGCUGACCAACACUGUGGCGAUCCAAGGACGCAUCGAAAGUACAAAGGGCAACGAUUACAUUCAGAACAUCGGCCAUACCGAAAGCCAUGAAGUCUCUAUUCUCGCCGUCAGCCCUGUUACCACAGAUGGACGCACGAUCAUGGACCACUUGUACGAGUACUUCCACUCACGUGGUCGAUGGGGAGUUGUACCCGUCGAGGGCAACGACAUACUGCGCGACCUCUAUGUUAUUCCCAUUGAAGAAGGUGGUAGCAACCUCCCUCCUUUCAUCGACAUGCUUGAGUACUGCACAAUCGAGACACCCCGCAAGGAGCACAUGUUGAUACUAGCCAUGGUUGCCAAGCUGCCUGAGAUCAAGCCUCAGCUUCCACCUACUCAACACUUCGAGCGAUACCCCGAACAGGAGAUCGCAACCGGUCAAACUCCUCAGCCUGUAUUCAACAACGGCCCAUCUCCGUUCACCAACCCUCAUGCUCCUCAAAUGUCGCCUGUCACUGCGGCCUAUCCACCAGGCCAGUACGGCAACCCAUUCGCCGCACCCCCUGCAAACAUGGUUCCUGUUCAACAACCGACGCCGCCCAUGAACGCACCGCCACACCACCAGAUACCUAAGGCACUUGAGAUUCUCGGCCCAUAUAUUGAUGCACCUGUCAUUGUCACAAUCCUUGGAUCUAGUCUCUCCCAAAACUCAGCGGUCUCCGAACUACAGAUGAUGAACCUCAGACAUAUUGUUGAAACUGUACCUGAAGCGCGCGACAACAUCACCGUGCUUACAAACCACUUGCGCUCGAAGAACGAGUCAAAUGGGCAACAACAAGCUCAGCCAUCUGGACCCCCUUAG